AAAAAUAUCUCAGUGCCCAUUACAUUUCUGGAAUCUAAAGUCAGUAACGACAAGUAUAUCACAUGAGGCUUGUUCUUUACGAUAAUUAUCGCCCACUACAUCGAAGGGUGGUCGUGCAAACUAGGCCGGUGCAAUGUCGUUUGGCUCGCUGCUUCUGUUCGUAUUCCUCAGCCAUGCAGUCUUGCAAUGUACUGGUAAGCCGUCUCAGCGAGAGGCCGAGGCAGCAGCGCAAGUAAAUGAUGGCACUGUACGAGAUGCUGGUGAAAGCGAUGCAGGUCAGCAGGGAGAGCCGCUGUUCGUGUACCGGUACAUGGAUCCUAGCGCUCCCAUAGACCAACGCAUCGCUGACCUGCUGGCCAAGAUGAACACCGAGGAAAAGAUAGCGCAGCUGGUGGGCGCACAGGGUGCAAGCUUGGACGCGUACAAGAAGACUGGUUUUGGCUGGACCAAGUUCCCUGGUAGCCCUAAGGAUCGCAAUGACAUUCAAAAGAAGUUCAUGAGCAGUUCCCGUCUAGGCAUUCCCAUAGCAUUCUGGGAGGAAUCUCUUCACAGUUCUGUGCCGGGUGGAACCGUAUUUCCUACUCCCGUGCUGCAAGGAUGCACGUGGAACACCACGCUUAUCAAUCAGAUAGCAUCCACCAUUGCACUGGAAGCCAGCAGUGUUGGUGUGAGCAUUGGCUUCACACCAGUCAUAAACAUGUUCACCGAUGCAAGGUUUGGCCGUCAUUCCGAAGGUUUCUCGGAGAACCCGACCCUGUCUGCUGCGUAUGCUGCUGCAGCCGUUGUAGGUUACCAGGGUGAGAGUGUGCCGGGAACAGGCAAUGUAACAUACCUGGAUGGCCAGCACAUUAUAUCACUGGCUAAGCACUAUGCAGCGUAUGGAGAUGCAGCUGGUGGUCUGAACGCCGCACCGGCUCAUAUGGACAUGCAGACACUGUUUGAUGUCUAUCUGAAGCCAUGGCAUGUAUUUGCACAGAACGGCGGUCGUGCAGUCAUGACCAGUCACCAGACUGUCGCUCACGUACCGUGCCAUGCCAAUCCAUGGCUGGUUAACGACGUCCUACGUGAGAAGUAUGGAUUUGGCGUGGGAAGCAUAAUCAGUGAUUGCAAUGAUAUUGGCGUCUUGGUGGAUUACCGUGUGGCAGCCAAUGCCUCGCAUGCAGCAGCUAAGGGUUUACUGGGAGGUGUUGAUGUUGAUCUGAUGUGCGGCAGUGACCCCAGCAAGCACAGCUAUGAUAAACUUGGACAGGCACUGACUGAGGGACUGGUAACGGUAGCCGACAUUGAGGGAUCAGUACGCCGUGUUCUAACAUCUAAAUUCAUUUCGCGUCUCUUUGACCAUCCACUUGUGAACGAGUCAGCGCCAUCGAUUCUGAACACUGAGGAGCAUCAGCAGCUGGCCUAUGAGGCAGCACUGCAGGGCAUCACACUUGUCAAACGACCACCUGGAUCAUGGCCACCGCUUGGUUCCUCCGCCAGAGGUGGCAAAGUUGCCAUAAUUGGGCCGAACGCUGGAUGCCCUCCAAAGCAGGGUAUGCAAACUAGUGAUGGUGGCUUGUCUGGAAGAGAAGAGCAUAGCAGCCAUCGUGUCUUUCUGAAAGAUGAUGCAGGCUACUGUGAUGCUCAGAAGAACAUGAUUGGUCCGUACGCUCAGCUGGCUGAAGUCCAAGUGAAAACUAUCGAAGAGUACAUCUCGGCGAAGAUGAACGCUUCAUCGAGCGUGACAUUUGCACGCGGCUGCUCCAUAGAGAGUGCCGAGACCAGUGAUCUUCCGGCGGCUUUGCAUGCUGCUGCUGAUGCUGAUGUCAUCGUGUUGGUGGUCGGCGACUCUCUCGGGUCAUGCAGUGAGUGGGGCGAUAGAGACACCCUGGAUCUGCCCGGUGGUCAAAUGGAGAUGGUAUCACAGGUCAAGAACGCGUCCAAGCCAGGCGCUGUGCUGGUCAUGGUGCUCACUAAUGGACGACCAACCACCUUCGGCAAAGACAACGAGCUGUUGGACAUGAUGGACUAUGUGCUGGUGGCAUGGCGAUCUGGACAAAUGGGUGCAGUUGCCAUCGGCGACGUCCUGCUUGGUGAUGCUGAGCCAACGGGAAGGCUAGCUCAAAGCUGGCCUCGCAAUGUUGGACAGGUGAACAGUGGAUCCAACCCUUGGCUGCAGCAGAUACGUGGGAAAUGGCUAGCCAAUGCGAGAGGCGACCCGGACCCGGAUGGUCGUCGCUACGACUCCUACGUGGAUAGCGAUGCAUCGCCAUUGUUCCCGCUGGGCUAUGGACUAUCCUUGUCUGAGUUCAAGAUGGAGAACCUGCGUGCGUCGAAGCUUCGCACCGAGCAGAACCCGCUGGAGGUGGCCGUUGACGUCACAAAUACCGGUGACCGCGAUGCCACGCAGGUAGUUCAGUUUUACGUUCAAGAUCCCGUGUUGCCAUGGGUACCAUACUGGAAGCGGUUGAUUGCGUUCGACAAAGUCUUCCUCAAGAAAGGCGAGAAGACAACCGUGUCCAAGCUGGUCAAGUUUGUAGACCUUGCUCUGCACACACAGGACCUGCAACUCCAGGUUAUGCCCGGGGAGUACACGGUACGUGUGGGUAACUGCAGCAACACGGAUACGCUCACCACUACGGUCAUGUUUCCAUGAUAUCCCAUGCCUCUGCCGUGGAUUGGAAGUGUAACACUUGCCUACAGUCACGUUAAAGACCAACGCCAGGUACCAUAGGCAUUGCUCAUGUGGAACAUCAAACCAGUCUAAACGUGUCUCCUUCAAUUUUUCAUAUCUCUCUGUUUAUCUUCUUGGACUCUCUCCAUGCUACUUGCAAAACUUGAGCAUCCGCUGGCGGAAGCCAAGUGAGCACGUUUCUAAUGAAUGAUGGUUUGAAUUUUUUUAAA